AUCAUGACUCUCGAGUCAGUAAAAAGAGUCGUUCGCGAACUGCACAUCACUACUGAAUAGCCAAGAAGCUUCCUCAGCUAGAGAAGGGAUUGGCACGGUUGGUUGGCUAGCAAGCAUCUGUCUUCCGGAAAUGUGRUCGCUUUUAACUCGAUUUGCCAUAUGAAAAUGUUAGGGAAUCGACGAUAUCACUGUCUGACCCGACGACAUCGUUGACGAAUAGCACAACAACGCCGGGGAGAUGAGAAAUACAAGCAACAGAUCCUACCAGCACACUUUCCURUGGUUACUAUAUCUCCACUUCCUACCGCCAAAAAAGGACUGACAACCGGUGAAUUGAGUAGCAGUAGUAUGCUGGACGUGGGGAAGUGGCCAGUGUUUGCUCUCCUGCCUCCAGAGGAACUGCGUCUGAUACGACAGGCCUGUGUGUUCGGCAGCGCUGCCAACGAAGCCCUCUAUGUCACCGUCAACGAUGAGGUGUUUGCCCUGGGCACCAACUGUAGUGGCUGUCUGGGUCUGGGGGACCUGCAGAGUACCAUAGAGCCCCGCAGGAUCGACGUGCUAUGUGGGAAGAAGAUAGUCUCUCUGAGCUACGGAACAGGACCACAUGUAGUCAUCGCUACUGCCGAUGGAGAGGUGUUUGCCUGGGGACACAACGGCUACAGCCAGCUGGGCAAUGGGACCACCAACCACGGCUUGACCCCAGCCCAGGUCUCCACUAACCUGCUCAACAAGAGRGUGACGGAGGUGGCCUGUGGCUCUCACCACACCAUCGCCCUCACUACCGACGGAGAGGUGUUUGCAUGGGGCUACAACAACUCUGGCCAGGUGGGGUCAGGGUCGACGGCCAACCAGCCCACGCCACGCCGGGUCAGCAGCUGCCUGCAGAACAAAGUAGUGGUUAAUAUCGCCUGUGGUCAGCUCUGUUCCAUGGCUGUGCUGGACAAUGGAGAGACCUAUGGUUGGGGCUAUAACUGUAACGGGCAGCUUGGUCUGGGCAACAAUGGGAACCAGCAGACCCCGUGUAGGAUCGCAGCUCUACAGGGAGUCAACAUUAUACAGGUUACUUGUGGCUACGCCCAUACGCUGGCGCUGACAGACGAGGGCUUUAUUUACGCUUGGGGGGCCAACUCUUACGGGCAGCUGGGGACAGGCAACAAGAGUAACCAGGCUGUCCCCACACUCAUCAACACAGACAAGGAGAGGUGAGUUCCUC